AUGUCUUUCAUUUGGCUAGUCGAGACAGCGUCGACUCGUGCCUCUGUUUUGUCACUUGGGGCACAGGUCGCUCUCUUUCUGGCUCUCUGGCUCUGUGGCGCGCCCCACCCAGCCCCUAUUCGUGCUUUCUCCUUUGCCCCGUACCACAGCCUGUACAUACCUCAUGAUUUACUCACAACCACGGCGCAUUCGGUCGCCUGCUUUGAUACGCUCAGUUCGUGUCGAGCUGAAUUAGAUUUAUCCGUAAACUCACUUGACAACAACACAUUUGUACAUUUGCCCAGCACUGGCCGGUGGCUCGGUCGCGAAAGAGUUUAUUUUUCUCUUCAUUUUGCAUCUCUUUUUAAACGAAUAAAAUAUGGAAAAAUCAACUUUUUUUCUCCGCGAAUACACAAUUCCGCUCUUCUCGCCUCGGUUCAGUGGCAAUUUGGCACAAUUACGAAUCGACCCGGCUGGCCACGAGUAUUGCUCGAGUCUGUCGUUGGCACAAAUUGA